AUGAGCAGUCGUGAUGUGUGGGUUGGUUCCUGGAGGCCUCACAGGCCAAGAGGUCCAAUUGCUGCGCUGUACAAAGGCCCCGGGCCCAAGUAUGCCCUCCCAGUGGCUACAGGUGUAAAUGAGCAUGACCCACGGAAAUGGAAAGCUCCUGCGUAUAGCUUUGGAAUACGGCAUCUGCAAUUCAGAGAAAGCUGCACACCUGGACCUGCCUACCUCAUCCCCUCGAAUAUCACUAGAAAUGGAUGUCAUGGCAAUCCUGCGUAUUCGCUAUACAGUCGACCCAGAGACCUUCAGCCCUUCCAGACCCCAGGACCAGGGAGUUAUCGCCCUGAGAAAGCAGCGUUGAAAACCUUUCAUUCUUCCCCUGCAUACUCACUGUCUGCAAGGACCAAUUUGUUCCAAAAAGACCCAACACCAGGGCCUGCUGCGUACAUGCUUCCCCCAGUGGUGGGGCCAGUAUCAGUGUGUAAAAGAUCUGCCCCAAACAUUUCCCUCAGUGGCCGCAGCAAAAUAGGCACCUUCUAUGAAGACUUGAAGAAAACUCCAGGUCCUGGGACUUACAGAGUUGUAGAUACAAACGUUUACAGAUCAAAAUCUGCAGAGUACAGCAUUCUUGGCCGCAACAACUUCCCGGGCGAUAAAACCCAAAAGCCAGGGCCUGGAGCUCACUAUCCAGAGCAGGUGAUCUCAGCACGACCCAAAGCUCCCAGCUUCACCUUUGGUGUCCGUCACUCAGAAUACAUUGCCCCGCUGAUUAUCGACAUCGCUAAUUAA